UCAAAAUUCGCGGAUAGUCAAAAUAAAAACGAAAAACUAAAUCAUGUGAGAGAUAACUGACAUGAUAAGUGUGAGAGGUUUCCUCGUGGUGAUGUUGAGGAGCGCAUUUGUCGUUGCUUUCCUCAGCAUUCCGAAUCCGGUCGUCGCUUUCACGGGACUCAAGCACUGGUCCAGGAAAGCGCUGUACAAUAAGAUCGACCUCUGCACACAGUCCUGUUACAGUCAGAUCAUCCCUGGACUAUAUUUGAGCAAUGCACGGGCUGCAGGCGACCGAAAUGUGCUCGACCAUCUUAAGAUCACCCAUGUUCUCACAGUUGAGACACGCCGGUUACCAAAAUCAACUUUUAUCGAUACCAACAUCAGUACACUCUACAUUAGGGCCUACGACACUCCUACCACCAAUCUCAUGCCCUACUUCCCAAUGGCCAACGCUUUCAUCGAGGAGGGCUUACAGAAAGGCAAUGUGCUCGUCCAUUGCCAUUUUGGAGUUUCCAGAUCUGCUACCAUCGUCAUUGCCUUCAUCAUGGCGAAAUACAAGUUGACGUUUGAGCAAGCUUACGCAUUUGUACGGCAAAGAAGAAGGUUCAUCAACCCUAACCCUGGUUUUGUGAAUCAAUUGAAACAGUAUCAUAGGAUGAAUUACGAUGUGAGGGGAUACCAAAGAUUCGAAGCGUAUAUGAACGUAAACGCAAGGAAACACAAAUAUAAGAUCGCAUCCUUGGCUGCUGUUGUAGUUGGACUUCUAGUACCUAUCGCUGUUCUUAUUUGAUUGUAUUUUAAGACAAGACUAACCUAUAAAA